AAGCCCCACAGCACCAGACCGUCGUCGCCGGACUGCCCGUAUAUAUUUUCGCCAACUCAGCCAUUGCCCGCCCAACCCUUGGGAUGUAUCUCCUUUCACCUCUCCAGCCUUUUUGUUAACUCCAUUGACCGACCUUCCAGUCGUCCUUUACACACAUCAAUCAAAAUGUCCAACGAGCAGACCUUCAUUGCCAUCAAGCCCGAUGGUGUCCAGCGUGGACUCGUCGGCCCCAUCAUCAGCCGCUUCGAGCAGCGUGGCUUCAAGCUCGUCGCCCUGAAGCUCGUUACUCCCUCCCAGGAGCACCUCGAGAAGCACUACUCUGACCUCUCCGACAAGCCCUUCUUCAAGGGUCUCGUCACCUACAUGCUGAGCGGCCCCAUUGUCGCCAUGGUCUGGGAGGGCCGUGAGGUCGUCAAGACCGGUCGUGCCAUCCUCGGUGCCACCAACCCCCUUGCCUCCGCUCCUGGCACCAUCCGUGGUGACUACGCCAUUGACGUCGGCCGCAACGUCUGCCACGGCUCCGACAGCGUCGAGAACGCCAAGAAGGAGAUCGCCCUUUGGUUCGGCCAGGGUGAGGUCAUCGAGUACAAGCACUCCCAGCAGGACUGGAUCUACGAGAAGCCUUAAAUUAUCUCGAUCUAAGGACCUCGAAACGAGAUCUCUGCAGCCGCAUAAGUCAUGACGGCCAAGGAAUCUUAAAUACAAAAUAGAAGUGAUCAAUGAGAAAUAGAAACCCUUCCAUUGUUUAU